GAGUCUUUAUCCUUUUUGGCCCCGCCGGGAUGCUGUACUCAGACCGUCGCUGGUAGCAAACCAACGGUAACUGACAGUACCUUCACGGACAGGUGAAAGUCUUCUUUAGCAACUUUUCUUGUGAGUGCUGCCUCUUCAAAACAAGCCAGCAAGUGUAUUAAGAAGAAAAGAUCAACUUACUUUCCUUUUCGUAAUGGCAUCGUCUGCAAUGAUCACUGUCCCCACCACCGCCUCCCGCUUCGCCCUGCUCCAGAUCGACUCGGAUUCGGACUCCGACGCCUCCGAUGCGGGGAAGAUCAUCACCAAAGGCGGACGGGACUCCUCCGGGAAGCCCCGACAAGGAAAGGCAGCCGGGGGGAAAGCGGCUCAGUGCAACGACAAGAAGAAAGACAAGAAAAAGAAGAAGAAGGAACAGCAGCAGACUGAGGCAAAUGAGUUACGUAAUCUGGCCUUCAAGAAGAUUCCUCAGAAGUCUUGUGCCCCACCUCCGUGUGUGACGCUGUCAGGAAUAGCCGGUGAACUUCUCAGUCCUGCAUCAGGGGACCACAAUAUACCUUCAGAGGGGUGGCAGCAGUGGAAGCAGAGGGAUGAGCAGAUGACCACUGAGCUAUAUGAGGCUGACUUGGAAAAGGCCUUGAUUCUAAGUAAACUGGAGUUUGAACAAAACAAACAGCACAACAACGCAAACGCUUCCUCGCCAAAGUCACGAGGAGGAAAAGAGGGCGGAGGGAAGAAGGACAAAAAGAAGAAUCACCAGGCAAAAGACAAAAAGACAGUGUCACUGCAGGACUUCCAGGCUGAAGGCAGUGCAGAACAUUUGAGUAGGAAACAAGAGAAAGAGGACACCAGAACGGCUAACGUAGCGUUGGCAGUCGGGCAAGAGGAGCGUUUUUUCAAUAAGCUCGAGGAUGAUGUUAGUCGGAUUAUCCAACAGGAGAAGAGACGUGAGCAGUACGUUAACAGCCAGGGACAAGAAGUCAACACCUCCACAGAACACGAACCGGAUCCCAGAGCAGAGCAGCUGAAGUACGAGCUGGAGAAGAAAGACCAGGAAAUCGAUAAGCUAAAGAAGACCAUCUCACAGUGGGAGGUGAAAUACAAAGAGGUGAAAGCAAGAAAUUCCCAGCUGCUUAAGAUGCUCCAACAGGGAGAGAUGAAAGAUAAAGCAGAAAUCCUUCUACAUGUAGAAGAGCUACUACAUAUAAAAGAAGAACUGUCCUCACAGGUAACGUUACUACACGCUGCCCUUGAACAAGAAAGGUCUAAAGUCAAAGGUCUGCAGUCAGAACAACCAAAACAGACCAGAGAAAAAGCAGCCAGUAAGUCAGGUGCAGUGAAAGAAGUUGAAGUGGAAACAAGAAAGGGAAGAAAGGCUCGGAGAUGGAUCUAUGAAGGAUUCAAAAGGAAAAGACCAUAAAAGCAAAGUUAAAUAAACGAAUGAACAAAUGAAGAAAAACGCUACUGAUCACAAUCAGGGUUCUUUCCUUUUUUUUUUUUUUUUUUUUAGUUCGGACUCCAUGUCAGCAUAUAAUGCAUGCCCCUGUAAUUACACACACACACA